AUGGCGAUCCUUGUUGGAUUUGUAUUUAAUAUGUCUAUCCUCAUUUCUGAGCUUAUGCGUACAUUUGGAAAACAAAAGUCGGAAACAGCUUUAGUACAAUCCAUUACAAUCGGGAUACUGUAUACGGCAGGAGCUGUAAGUGGAAAAUGUCUGUUCAGAUACGGAGUGAGAUCAACUGGCAUAAUAGGAAGCAUAUUGGUCAGCCUAGGACUGAUUUUAUCCUUCUUCGCAAAUAAUAUACCUCAUCUCAUUGCCACGAUUGGUGUAGUUUCAGUCUACAUUUCCGCAGUAACAAGUAUUGGAGAAUACUUCGAAGAGGACUCCAAACUUGCUUUGUCAUUCCUCACAUUUGGAUCCGGAUGUGGCUGUAUGGUAAUUCCUUUCCUCUUUCACAGACUUAUCGAAGAGUUCGGAUGGCGGGGGAGUUUACUUAUACUUGGCGGGUUAAUGGCAAAUGCGAUAUGUGGCUUUGCUAUAUGCAAACCAGUGAAAAUUGGUCCGCCAUCAACAACACAUGAACCAAACGAACGAUUGUUUAUUGAUCUGACAGGGUCCUACACCAAACCACUUUACGGAAUGUCGGCAUCUCUCGGAUUCGCGACCUGUAUGUUGGUGUUUGCUGCUGCACUAAAACGAAAAAUAUCGAACAACAAUAAUUCAGAAAACGAAUCUUAA